ACAGCGCCACUAUUCGGUUAUCAGUUCAAUUUCGUCGCUGUACACAUUGCAACGCCGCUCCCCAGCUAGUGGAUAUUACAACUUCAUAAACACCACCAAAAAAACACCGCAGACGCUUAUCACAUAUAGCCCCAAUAUGACCGCCCUCAAAGUUUUCGUGAUCUUCACUGCUCUCUUCGCGUUGGCCUAUUGCGCGCCAAAUCCCGGUUUCUUCGGUGGUGGCAAACAUGAACACCACACCAUCCACGUGCCCUACAAGGUGCACACCAUUCACCACCAUCACAUCAAGAAGGUGCCCGUUGAGGUGAUCAAGGAGGUGGAAGUAGUCAAGCAUGUGCCCAUCUACAAGGAAGUGCAUGUGCCCGUUAUUAAGGAGGUGCAUGUGCCAGUACACAUCCAUCACGAGGAGGAACAUCAUCACAUCGAAGAAGAUCAUCACGACUACCACAAGGGCUGGUACUAAAGCGGGGAGUGAGAGAACAAGGCGCUCGCUCAGCCACUUUUAGGCGUUGCCAUUGGCAAUGCUCUAGUUACAAUUUUAGUUAUAUGCUUAUGUCAAAAAAUAUGCAUACAUAUGUACAUAUAGUGAUUGAGUGAUUGAGCUCAGUUGUUUUGAAUGUUUUUGAUUAUUUUUAAUUUUUUUAUUUUUUAAUAUUUCUAAUUUUUAAUUUUUUUACUUUUUUAAUUUUUUCAAUUGACUGUUUUAGUGUUACUACAGCGCACGCGCGUUUGUCCAUGUGUACAAAUUUCAUUUUACCUGACAUGUAUCUAAUUUUAAUUAUAUAUUCUCUCGACUUCAAUAUUAUUCUGGUCUAUUUAGUUGUAGUUGCUCUAGUUUUUUUUUCUCUGCUCCUUGUCGCAUUUUAAUUUUUGCUUAAUUUACAUACAUAUACUUAGCAUAUUUAGAAAAGAUCACACACAUAUAUAUAAUGUUGUACUUGUUGUCAUUGUACUUACCCUCAACACUGUCUUUAUACUGUUUUGUAAAUAACUUUAUAGCAAGAAGUGCGCAAAUCCACAUAUUUGUAUGUGUGUGUGAACAGUCUAUAAAAUUAUAUGUAUGUAUAAAGUAAGAAAUAGGAAAAAAAUAAAGAAAAACGUAUGUAAACGAAA